AUGACUAGAAAAAAGUUUCAGGAUAAGAUUAAACAGACUACAGGUACUAAACGUUUAACUCAUUCGAUUUUAACUGUAAGGAAAAUCACAAUGUAUUUUGCAGGGAUGGUUAGAAUGAAGGGUUUGCUGCAGUCUGGUUCGAUAAAGUGUGCAAUUGAACCCAGAAUGACGUAUCAUCCGAUGAAUCAGUGGAAUUCACCCUUCUAUUAUCCUCAGAAUCCACUUCCACAGUAUGGCACACCAGCAUUCUACCUCAGGCUUUCAGAGGACACCCUGUUCUUUAUUUUUUACUAUUUUCCAAAUACUUUUCAACAACAAAUGGCUGGUCGUGAGCUCAUGAGAUUGUCAUGGAGGUAUCAUAAGAAGCACGCGACUUGGUUUAAGAGGCACGAGGAGCCAGUGAAGGUAACAGAAACCUUUGAAAAGGGAACGUAUAUCUACUUCGACCCUGAAGAGUGGAAGAAGUCCGUUAAGUCGGAUUUUACAUUCUUUUACAAUCAGCUAUUGGUGUAA